ACCCUCUUUCUCUGCAUGUCAUUUUCACUAGUUUGUUUUCAAAGAUAAGAGAAGGAACAAGUUUAACCAAUUAUUAUGGGGAAGGACUAUUGGUGGUAUUGGCCUGCUCCUGCAUUUGGAAGGUCCUCUUCCUCCUCCACCUCCACCUCCACCUCCUCCUCCAAGGCUUCUACCUCUUCUGGUUGCAUGUGUUCUCUCUUUCAAACCUUCCAUUUCCAUCCAUUUCACUUUUCCAUAAACCAACAUCAACACAAGUCUCCCUCUUCCAUCUCACAAUGUCUCUCCAAAGAUGGUGCUGAAGGACCAAGGAAUAGCUUGGAAUCACAACAUGGUACUACUGCCUCCUCAAAAGAACAACAACAUUUACAAAUUCCGAAGAACAUUCGAAUCAAAACAAGCAGAAGUAUGACAAGAACAAGAUCAGGAAAUUAUUCGAGUGAUUUCUCCUCGGAAAUGAGCUUCUCUCCGGGAACCAAGACACCAACGUUGGUUGCAAGAUUGAUGGGGCUUGAUCUUCUUCCUGAAAACAACUCUUCCUCUCCUAAUUCCUCCUCUUCUUCAACCCUCUCCACUCCAAUAAUUAAUAACAAACAUGGAAGAAGCAACAACAAUAACAAUAAUCCACAGGUUCAUCAUAACCCUAAAGCAAGGCACCAGCAUCACCACAUCCAAAUAAUGAGGCACAGACACAGCACAGACAGCAUAGGAACCAUUCGUUCCUUGUCUGAUACUCCAAGAAGAUCAGAUGUUGAGCAUAGUAGACUCUCUUUGCAAAUCAACAAGGAGAACAUUGGGGUUGAUGAGAACUACUUGGAAACCCCUCGCUUCUCAUUUUCAAAGAGGAAAUUUGAUGAGAACAACAACAAUAGUAGUAGCAGCAGAAGUCCAAGCCACUAUGCAAGGCAAAUUGUGAAGCAGGUUAAGGAAAGUGUAAACAGGAGAGUUGGGAUAACUGACAUAACCAACACUGUUAAGAACAGAGAGCAAGAAUCUUCUGUGGUCCAACAAAUCAGAUUCAAGAAAGCUACAAAGACGAGUAGUAAUGUGAAUGUGAAUGUGAUUGUGAAUGAAGCUUGCAGCCCGGGGAAGCAGUCUCCAAGACUCAGCAGAUUCGUUGACUCCAAACAGAAUAACCCAAACAGCAUCACAAAACCAUCAUCACCUCUUACCCCAAAAGAUCAAAAGCCGUUAUCAUCGUCACCUACUACUACUCCACUUCCUAUUGCUCACCAGAUUGAAACACAAUUAAGCUCAAAAGAUGAUUUGCAGAGCAAAAAGUCAUCAUCAGCUCCAAAAUGCAAGAGAAGCAGGACUACUGAGAAGUUGGGAUCAGGGGUGAAUAGGACUACUGCUCCACAGACAUCAUCAAUAAGAAAAAAGCAACAAGAGUCAUUUGUUGCCUGUACACUCUCACCAACAAGACCCAAGACCAAGAACAGAUCAACUCAUCCACUUUCAAGCAACCUUCUUCUCAAUACAGCUCCAAAUCUUCUCCCUGUCAAGACUCACCCUUCUCCUCUCCCAACUAAAAUCCCCCAAAAACAGCCAUGUGAUACUCAAGAACAAAAACGCAGCAGCGCACAGUUAUCAAGUUAUGCCCGCCAGAAGUACAAAAAAGAUGCAAUUCAAACACCCGCCACCGCCACAACCGCCGGCACCGCCACCACCGCAGCCGACGAUCAAGGACCAGAAUUUGAGUACAUCACAAGCAUACUAAGCCGCACGGGGUUGCGCAAAGCUACGUUACCCCAAAUCCAAUACCAAUGGUUCUCUCUUUCCCACCCAUUAGACCCUUCACUCUUUCACAACCUCGAGCAUCACUACCCAUCAUCCAAUCCCGACAAAAGUUGCAUCUUUACGCAGAGGGACCAACUGGGUCCUCGCUGUAACCGGAGACUACUAUUCGACUUGGUCGAUGAACUGCUGUCGGAGAUUCUGGCAAGACGAAAACAGGAGCGUGGGUUGUUGGUGGAGACUGUGUGGAGGAAGGUUCGGAGUUUCCCAGGCGCGAAGUGUGAGGUUCUGGAGGAUAUUGAUGGGUUGAUAGAAAUGGAGGAGAUGGAGAGGAAGGUGAAGGAGGAAAGAGAAGAAGGGUUGGUGAUGGAGAUUGGAAGGAGCAUAAUGGAGACGUUGGUGCAUGAAACUGUUACCGUCUUCAUGCCUUGAGACGCCGUCGUUUUGGACGGGAGACAUGCGCCAGACGAUGUCACAUGGGGCCGUUUGGAGACCGUUCUAAUCUUCACGUGAUCAGAUUCUCCCUCGCCUGGCCCAUCCACUACCGCCGUCUAGAUUUAAUUCUUAAAAUUUUUCGAUUUUAAACAACUUAAUUCGUUGUAUAAAAUUUUUAGUAGGUCGAAUAGUUUUAAGAUUUAAAUCUGCGUUAAAAGUUUAUAUUCAAAAUCCUAGGUGUUUAAUU